CACAAUCACCGUUGUUACUUUUCCGGAGGGAGAGAAUGGCGGUAGGGUAGAAACAUAGUCUAGACAGAGCGCCAGCAUAAGCGAGAACAGCAAAUGAAAGACACAACUCAUAAAGUUCGAAACUUGAAGAGAAUCCACAAAAGAAUUUGUCAAGAAAAGGUGGGUUUUACCUUGUUUAGUCGGAUUGUUGAAUAAUUAUUGGAGAAUGUCUGCAGAAGCAAGUUUAAGGUAUAAGAUUAAUAAAAAACUAAAACUUGAUGUUGGAAAACUGAAGAAUUCUAAGGAAAGAAAUAAGUCUUAUAAGGGAGAGAAUGCUGCACGGAGGAAUUUAAAAUCGAGAGAAAAAGGUACAAAAGAUCGCUUGGGUGGUGGAGAAGAGGGUGAUCAUGAGAUUUAUGGGAAGGGGAGGUUUGAACUUGUUAAUUCUGAUAGGAAAAGGAAGCGAAUUUAUGCAGACCAAUAUGGGGAUCAGGGGACAACGAAUAACAGAAAGGUGAAAAAUAGCAAAGCUUUAUCUAAGAGAAGGCAAAGUCAAGUGACAGAUGAUUCUGUUAAAAGGAAAAGUAGAACUGUUGGUCCUCUUCGCUCAAUUUGGGUUUCUAAUAAAUUGAAGGCUGCUACAUCUGAAAGAAAACAUUCUUCUCGUAAAGUUGAGGAUACUGGCGUACAAGCAUCUAGUGUUAAACGGAAUACCAAGGUAAAUGAGGUGGAUGCAUUUGAUGAUGACAGAAAUUGUUUGUUGAAAAAACGAACUAAAAGCAAAUUUGAGUCUGGUAAGCAGAGUGCCAAAAUGAAAGAGGAAGAUAAAUUGGAGUGUGGGAGGAAUGCAUUGUUGAAGAAACAAAAAAAAAGUAGUUAUGACUCAAGUAAGCGCUUGGAUCACAGUCAAAGCAAAUCUGCUAAAGUAUCUCCUUCAGUUUCUAUCAAGAAAAGUGUUCAAAACAAAAAAAGCCCUGCUGAUUCAGAGAUUGCGGACGAGCAGCCACAUAAGAGAAAGCGGAUUAGAUUAGAUCCAUAUGAUACCUCGAAUAAGCGACUUGAUGAUGGAAUAAUUUCUGAUGAAAGUGCCAAAGAGAGGAAAAAAGAAUUGGAGAAAGAUGCUGGAAUGUCAAUGAAUGCACAAUUCCGUGCAAUUCAACCUAGUCCUUCCAUUCUUUCCUUUGUAGAAGAUAAUUUUCUAGGUCGUAGACGCUUGAUUGAGCUGAAAAGAGCAGGCUACAACACUGAUCUAUCUGCACCAUUAGAUAACAUCCCCUUCUCUACAAGUUCUGAGAGAGAACGAAUAGAAGAAAAUAUUUUUAGGAAUAAAUUGACAUUUUUUGCUGCUGCAAAGGUCUCAUCUUCAUUCCCUCCUCCUGGUCUUCCAGAGAUUGCAUUUGCAGGAAGGUCAAAUGUCGGGAAGUCAUCUCUACUCAAUUCACUUACUAGACAAUGGGGUGUUGCGCGGACUUCGGACAAACCUGGCCUCACUCAGACAAUUAAUUUCUUUGAGCUGGGAAAUGUUUGCUUGGUUGAUUUGCCUGGAUAUGGCUUUGCUUAUGCAAAAGAAGAAGUCAAGGAUUCUUGGGAGGAAUUGGUAAAGGAGUAUGUUUCGAUGAGAGUUAAUCUAAAAAGAGUGUGCCUUCUUAUUGACACGAAAUGGGGUAUGAAGCCAAGAGAUCAUGAACUCAUUGAUUUGAUGGAAAGAUACCAGACUAAAUACCAGGUUGUAAUGACCAAGACAGAUCUUGUGUUUCCAAUUGAUGUGGCACGUCGUGCCAUGCAAAUUGAAGAGAGCCUCAAGGCAAACAAGUCUCUUGUUCAGCCUGUGAUGAUGGUGAGCUCAAAAUCUGGAGCUGGUAUUCGAAGCUUAAGGACAGUGCUUUCUAAGAUUGCUCGUUUUGCGAAACUAUAAUUCAUAGUAAGGGCAUGGUUUACAGCUGACAUAGAAGUUCUUGAGCUGGCGUUGCUAAGCUGAAAGCUUAAAGCUCAUUGACAGUUUCGAAGCUGCAGUUUUCAUUGUCUGCGUGCUGAGUGUGAAUAACAUGUCCAUUUCAGCGAGAAAGACGAUGCCUUUAGAGUUGAAAGUUGUCAACAUCAAUUGCUUCUUUAGAUUCCAGCUCUUACAGAAUUUUUUCAUCGCUCCCAAAUCUUUAUUUUGCUACCCCAUGAGAAGGAGAAAAUGUUAAGUAGAUAAAAAAGAAUCUUCGAAGCUCAUUGGCAUGUUGUGAGGAAGAAGUCUCAUAGAAUCAAGAUAUAUGACAAAAAACUGAACUGAGGGCAUUUGUGAUUUU